AUGGCAGUGUCCAUCUGGAUACGUCUCAGCGUGCCCAGAACUUAAGGAAAUGUUAUGUGUGAGGGCGCGGAAUCAAAUUAAAAUACAGUCAGGCUCGUCUAGGGAGCAGGGAAAUCGGUUUGAAAGCAAUAUGUAAAGUUAUCACUGAGUCAGAUGAGAGAAAGGGAAGUUCUUGCCUCGGCUUGACUGCUUUGUGCAUCGCGAGCAGCCUCCGUGGGGCCGUACAGAUUCCCUGCUCCCUGGGUGUGGCGAGUUUGGGCUGGGGCCGGGCGUCCUCGGGCCGUUUUGCGGCGCUCCCCAGAAGCGUGGCGGCCGGCACGCGUGGAAUUUGUAAAAUCGGUGUCUCGGUGCUUCCGCUCUCUCCCAGCAAGGAGGAAAAGGGGAAAUUGUGUGAAGUGCAGAACGGGUUGUAAAAAUGCAGGGCUAUUUCUGAAGCUAAUCUUAAAUCCUGGCUGGGCCACGUUUGGAACUAGAAAGGGCUGGGUUUUUUUUUUCCCUAGUUGUUAAGGCAUUGUUACAAACUGUAGGAAGGAAGAAAUUGCAAUGGCAGGCACACGGGACAUAGGAUAAUACAUAAGUAUUGUACAUGAGGACUCAGAUAUACAAGCAAUGUAUAAGCUCUUCCAAGCAUAGAGAUGGGUAUAGUUUGCUCCCUCCAUCUCUGCAUUCUUGCAGAGAAAUCUUAGGUGUACGUUGCGCGUUCUAGGAGAAAGAGACAAAACGUAAGUUUAUGAACAGCUGAUUUUGAAGAGAAGAGAAACUUUAUUUGCCUGUGUAUAGCAGAUGGCUGAUGUUAGCCAUUUGUGCAGCAAUGCAAAAAUAAAAGGCAGAGGAAAGAGGUCACGCAGAGUUUCAAUGUAAGCCUUGAAAGCUGUUUGUUGUGUUUUUGUGUUGUCUUUCCAGAAGAAUGGACUUGAGGAAGAGAAGACCUGGCAUUGCUUUACAAAAGCGUAGGGUCCCGUUCUGAACUUACGGAGGGGCGGGCAGUACGGGCUGCUACGUGGAGCUCCCUUUCGUCUUUCAGUGCACAGAGCCACCGUCAGGAGCGUUACAUAAGCUCAUCUGCUUUACACAUCAGCAGUAGGAGGAGAAAGGAAAUGAUGUGGAAAUCUAAUCUUCAUAAUGCAGCACAAUUUUCAGAGAAGCCAAGGUUAUUUGGUGUUAGAAUACAAGAUGGUGCGUUCCCUUCAAGCCACGUUUGGAGAGUUCGAAUCCAUGAUGAAAAUUACUCAGCAGAAGCAAGAAGUUACUGAGAAGGCUGUUAAGGAAGGGGAGAGUGAAAUAAACCGUAUCAGUGAAGUGCUUCAGAAGCUACAAAAUGAAAUCUUGAAAGACUUAUCUGAUGGCAUCCACAUGGUGAAGGAUGCAAGGGAACGAGACUUCACGUCGCUGGAAAACACAGUGGAAGAGAGACUAACGGAGUUAACCAAGGCGAUAAAUGAUAACAUCGCUGUAUUCACUACAGUCCAGCAAAGGAGCCAAGAUGAAAUCAACAAUAUGAAAGCAAAGGUUAAUUCUCUAGAAGAAGCAGAUGCAUAUAAGCAUGAAAUAAAGGUGCUGAAAGAUGCUUUUUAUGAGAUGCAAACCUCCAUGAAAACCAAAGAAAAGGACAUAGAGGCCCUGAAAAGUACAAUAGACUCCAUGGAAUCUGAUGUGUAUACUGAAGUGAAAGAGUUGGUAAACCUCAAACAAGAACAUGAGAAAUUCAAAGAGGCAGCAGACUCUGAACAUCUUUCAUUAAAAGCUUUACAAGAGAAAGUUCUUAGAGCCGAGGAUUCUAUUAUGCAGCUCCCUGGUGACAUUAAAAGACUUGAUGAAGAUUUACGGCAAGUUAAAGCUGACCUCAACAAAUGGGAAGAAAAUGAACUCUUCAGAAAAGCAUUAGAAACUUCUGAAAAGAACAGUGAAGGGCUAGAGUCUCGACUGAGACACAUAGAAGAGAGCCUGGAGUCUCUAACUUCUGUUGCUGCUCAACAUACUGAAAAGUUGCAGUCUUUCCUUUCUAAGGAGGCAAAAUAUGAAGAUAAGCUCAACCCAACUUCAAUCACAGACGUUCUGAGAAAUCUUGGUGAAUCACAGACCUCACUGCACAAUGAUGUGGAGAACUUGAGAAGAAGUAUUAGUGACCUGCCAUCCUCUGGUGCUUUUCAGGAUGUCCAGAAACAAAUUAGUACUUUGUUGGAUCAAGGAACUCUUCAGACGGGUGAAACACAUUCUCAAGGCUAUCUCGAAAAAUUUUCUUCUGUUGAAGGCUCUGUAGAUGAACUGAGAUCUUCUGUCAGCCAGGUUGAUUCUGAUUUGAAAAUGAUAAGAACUGCAGUGGAUAGUUUAGUCUCCUACUCGGUGAAAAUUGAAAAUAAUGAGAACAACUUGGAGUCUGUGAAGAGUUCGAUAGAUGACUUGAGGCACGAUCUGGAAAGAUUGUUUGUGAAAGUAGAAAAAAUACAUGAGAAAGUUUAGGUAGCGGUGCUCCUUGUACAAAUAUUGGAUUAAAGAGAAUAGCUUUUGUAUGCCCAGUUUUUUACUCUCUCUCAAAGCAAUUUGAUACCUCCAAAGAGAAUAAGAAUACUUUAAUAAUAGAGACAGUUCUGCUUAUUUCCUUUAUUUCUCUUUUGUGUAGUUUUUUGUUUUGUUUUAUGAAAACAUGAAUUUAGUUGGCAUUUGAGUUUCUAAGGGCUCACCUUCUCUAGAAAGUUGCACCGCUGUAACUAUUGUGGUGUAACUAAGGCACUACAGCCUCAUUAGCAUGGGCACAUAUUUAAUGGUAUGAAGGUGUUUCACACUAUGACACUAGAUGUCCCACACAGGAGGGCUACAGCUGUUUUGGUAUGAAAACCAUACUGCUGUACACAUUGAGGAUUUGACUGGUGUGUUUGGAUUAAGAAACAUGGAUGAAGAAAACUACACCUCUAGCUAAAACUGUUAUACCGGUAAACUUGAGCGUGGUGCAGGCCAGAAGUCACUCAUCUGUUUCUUCAGUUUAGGACUCAGCCAUAUGGUCAGUCUACCACGUAUCGAUUGAGCUGUAGUACAUUUUUGUGUGUCCUUAACCUGUGCCAAGGAGCUAACAGGCGUUAGCUAAACCCACAGUAAGGACAAGCUUGAGGUAAGUGGCGUUGCUUAGGGCUGCGACUGUACGCGUGGACACUUACCACAGCCCAGCUGGCACGUGGCGAGUUGCUAAGCAGUAGUAGCUUGUUUUACAGCUGUUUUACAGUGGGAAGAGAGAAGCGAGUUGUGACUGUUGCACUCAAGAACGAAGGAGAGCGGAGGCAGAAAGAAGAUGCCAAGGCGUGGUGCACUGCAUGGCUGGAGAGAUUUACUGUUUACGAUCAUAGGCUUCUUUCCCAACAUCUUUAGCUGCUGGUGCAGAAGAUCAGUGCUGAGCAGGGACAUCUGAGCUGAAGGAUGGGAUUAGUUUCAAGAGGGUACAGUAACAUUUUUGUCAUAUUUUUGGGCUGUUUAAGUGAUCAGGCUGUGUUUCUCCUGCAAAGUCCUAAAUCCCCAUCUGUGAUACAGGACUUUCCGUAGAAAUGAUCACAAAUUUGAAAGAGGAGAGAGAAGAACUGGAAUCACAACUCUGGUGUUCCUUGCACAGCGAGCAUGCUGAUGAUAAUAAUAAUACGCUCCAAAACACAAAAGGGGGAAAAUCAGGAUGAAAUCAGCAGAAUUGCUUCUAAGGCAUAUACAUUUCCAAGUUCUUCCAUAGGUGACAGUGACCUGAAUUAUUAUUAUCGCAUUCAGGACUUCAGGCCUGAUUAUUACUGGUGUCACUGGGCCUCUGCCUGGGACACUGGUAGUAAAGGAUCCCUCUACUGACUGGUUGAGAAUGAGAAAAAGUGUCUGAUACUCUAGAUGUUGAUGUUUAUUUAAAAACCACUUCCUCAUGGAGCUUCCUUGGUUUUCUGUCUCUUUGGGAAGGAUUUCUAAUAUCUCUCCUUUUAAAGUUUUGUUUUGAAAGUUAUACAGACAUUUGAUAAAGGUAUCUGUAUGUGGAUACCUUUGAAAUAACGGCCACUGCCGGCUUGUAGGGUGGGUCAUGACCACCUCAGCCUGGACAAGCCAGAUCUUUGGCUACAUCAAAAAGAAAUUCCUAGAAAUAGCAGCUCCACAAAGUGGUAAGUUUGUGGGAACAGUGCAGGUAAAAGGAAGUUCCCUAGGGUAAAUAAGAUACUCAGCUAUAUCUAGUGGUGUUCCCACUGUAAAUAGGAAAGAAUUGCUGACAUAGUAAGAGGGACCAAGACAUUAAGAUAACUUUGUUGUCACUGAUUGAACUGCACUGUUCUUUGUUGACGUCUCAAGUUCUUGAAUAAUGUUGUUUAGGUUACUGUGAAAUGAACUGUAUGGCUUAUUUGCGGUAUUUUUAAUACAUAAUAAACAUUUGGAACAUUCUUAGCA